GGAGGUAUGUGUAAUUUUUCUUUAAAUGAACUAGAGAGAAAAAUGAAAAAAUAUCAACGGUUCAAUCAACAGAACAAGCUCAUUGCUAGUCUUCUACCUCUCUCUCAUGGCGCUCCAGCUUGCUAUCACUAUCUCAAGCUUGAAGCAUCUUCCACGAAGAAUUCAGGGUGCGCAUUGCAAUGUGGAGCAAAGGAAAAUGCUCAGCAGAAGCAUCUCAUCGAGCAAAGAAAUACCGAAGGAUCUAUGUGAAGAUGUUUUUUCUUUAUCAAAGGCUUGCACCAGUGUUCCAAUUAGAUGCACAAUGUUCACCAGUGCUGUCUUAGCAGCAAAUUUGGUUACAACACAUGCUGCAGAUGCUGUGACGAUGGAGAACAUGAUGGAUUUUUCUAGUGCUGUCUAUACUUUAGCUGAUGGAAGCGUUGGAGAUAUUUUUGGUGGCCUUCUGUAUUCUGCUGGUCAACAAGCUAAUGAAGCUGUUCAGGGCCAGUUGACUGCUCUUAGUUUCACCAGUUUGGCCACUAUUUUUGGUGCAGGGCUUGUAACUAGUCUUUCACCUUGUACACUCAGUGUGCUGCCUCUGACCCUUGGUUAUAUUGGGGCUUUUGGCUCCGGGAAAAGCAGAGUAGCGGUUGUUGGGGAUUCAAUUGCAUUUGCCCUGGGAUUGGCAACUACGCUAGCACUGCUGGGCAUUGCAGCUGCAUUUGCUGGAAAGGCAUAUGGGCAAAUAGGACAAGGGCUGCCUGUGGCUGCUUCCUUUUUAGCUAUUGUUAUGGGUUUAAACCUGUUAGAGGUAAUAGAGGUACAACUUCCCUCAUUUUUCGACAAUUUUGAUCCUCGCUCAGCAGCUGCUAGCUUUCCUUCAAGUGUUCAAGCUUAUUUGGCUGGUCUUACAUUUGCCUUAGCUGCAUCACCAUGCAGUACACCAGUACUAGCAACCUUGCUCGGCUAUGUUGCUACUUCUCGGGAUCCAAUUAUUGGGGGCAGCUUGCUAUUGACAUACACAACUGGCUACGUUACUCCCUUACUUCUUGCUGCCUCUUUUGCUGGAGCAUUGCAGAGUAUACUUUCAUUCCGCAAGUUCUCAGCAUGGAUCAAUCCAGUCAGUGGUGCGCUACUAUUAGGUGGGGGUGUCUAUACCUUUCUCGACAAGCUCUUUCCAGUGACAAUGGCUAUGUAGGCUAAUCAGCUAUUCAAAUAGCAACAGUUGCUAAUGCUCGGGCAAAACACUAUUGAGUUACAUAGAUCGAAGUUUCAAACGAAUGCGCUAGCAAAGGUACGAUGUAUACAUGGGAUCUGUAACUUUCACGCCUACAACAGGUUGUAGAAGGUAGAAAACGUUGAUUGAUACGUAUUGGAUGCAGUUCAGUUAGAAUUAAGAAACAUAGGAUCAUAUAUGUAUGAGAACGUAUAGCUUUUGUGUAAAGAUAAAGUUGUAUGAUCAAUAGAACCUUUAUUUCAGAUUUAAUUCGUUGUGCGAAAAUUUGAUGCA